AGCCCCGCUGCUCUCCCUGCACCAGGAUCCCCUGCCCGGGGCACUGCGCAGGAACGGCAGGACAGGACAGGACAGGUCUCGACCAACCACGCUGCUGGCACUGUUUGCAGGGUGAAGGGCCUCCAUUCCCCACCACGCUGCAGGAUGACUUGCCUGGGCCUCACCCUGCUAGCCCCGCUCCUCCUGGCCCUGCCCCGCAGCUGGGGGCAGCCAUGCCCACCUGUGCCCAAAAAUGCCACGGAGUUCGUAUGCACCGCGCCGGACCUCUACAUCUUCCCCUCCGGCCUCCCCAAUGGCAUCCUAAGCAUCUCGGUGGAGUUUACCAACCUCAGCACCAUGGGCGAGGAUGCGCUGCAGGGGCUGCCCCUGCUCCGGGAGCUCCAUCUGUCCAGCAACCGGCUCCAGUGCCUCCCUGCCAGCCUCCUUUGGCCCGUGCCCGAGCUCCGCAUCCUGGACCUCACUGGCAACCUGCUGGAGGGCCUGCCCCCUGAGAUCUUCCAUGCCAGCGGGCUCCUGCGGGACCUGGUGCUGCGGGGGAACAGGCUGAGGGGCUUGCAGCCCUCCUGGUUCCAGUCCCUGAGGGCACUGGAGUGGCUGGACGUCUCCGGCAACCAGCUCCGAAAGCUGCCCCCACAUUGCUUCCUCCUGCUGCGCUCCCUGAAGAGCCUGGACCUGUCCCACAACUUCCUGAGCAACCUGCCCGCCGCAGCGCUGCAAGGCCUGGCCCAGCUGGAGCGGCUGGACCUGGAGGGCAACCGGCUGUGGGUCCUGGAUGAGGAGAUGUUCCAGCCCACCCGCGGCCUCCGCUACCUCUUCCUGCAGAACAACAAGCUGAGCGUGCUGCCGGACGCCACCCUGCUCCCGCUGGACCAGCUGGACACACUGGACCUGUCCCACAACGCCCUGCACACCCUGGACUUCUGCCUGCCCGAGCCCCGCGACACUCUCAGCCUGGACCUGUCCGGGAACCCCUGGGUGUGCGACUGCCACGCGGCCCGCUUCUUGCACUGGCUGCGGAGCCGGCCUGUGCACCUCUAUGCUCGCAACAAGACCCUCUGCCUGGCCCCUCUGGAGCACCACAACCAGAGCCUGGCCACCCUGGCUGAGAGCGAGCUUGGGGUCUCCUGCCCACCCACCCCUGGGCCAGGGAAACAGGAGAGCCAGGAGCUGCCCCCAGACCAAGUGGGCAAGGCCUAGCUAUGGGCUGUGCCAGCUUCCACCCCCAUCCUGGCAUCCCCAGGGCAGCCUUCCUUGUCCCCUUCCUCCUCCCCGCACGGGAGUCUCCCUGGGGUCUGGGCAAGAGCCCACCUGAGCAGUUCUGGGUCUGUCUCGCGCUAUUCCCUGUUCACCCCCCUCUGAAAGGGUGAUGGGUCCUUGCCCUGAUGCCCCAGAUGCCCAGGCCUCAGCCAAACCCCCCUGUGCCUGCCCCAGCCUCAAGCCUGCAGCCUCCCAGCAGACCUCAGCCCUCCGUCUCCAAGCCCACCUGCACCUCACCCCCAGCUCCUCAGACCAGCCCCCAUUGGCAGCACCGAGGGGCUGUUCUUUGGGGCCGAGAAGCCACUUUAGCUCAGUUCUCACUGGUGAGAAUUGAGCCCUGCCAGUGGCAAGCUGGCUCCAGGGCCUGUCCUUGAGCCAGGCCUCUCAAUGCAAACAUUGCAACAUGCGUGUGGCUUCCUCAUGGCCUGUUGCAAGCAUGCCUUGCCCUCCCCCCAGCUUUCCUCUGCCAAAACAGCCUCCGAGGAGUGGGGGCUGAUGGGUCCGGGCUGCACGAUGCAAACGUGCCACCGAGCUGGUCCUUAAUGGCACUGAUCGAGAGCAAGUUCCUACUUGUCCUGGAUUAGAGGUGUUGGCAUGUACAGCGCCUGGCACACCAGGUUAGAUGGGCACCUAAUAGAUGUCUAAGAGCUGCCCUUCUGACCCUGGAGGGGUGGGAGUGAGUGCCCGGCCCAGCCAGCCUUAUAGUGGGCAAGCACUUUCACCUGUUUUGGGAGUCCUGGAGGGUGGGUGCCCAGUGACGGGGGGCAUUUCCACUGCUCUGCUUUCCCUUCUCUCCUAAACGUGAGCUCAAUAAACAUCAGUGCACG